AUGGAAGAAGUAGAAGGAAAGCAACUGACCACUGAACGAGGAAAACAAGUUGUGUUCCAAUUUGAAUUAAUUCCAUCAGACACAAAGUGGAUGUCAUCCCACUCAGGAGAACUGAACAAUUGCGCAACCUAUUUUUCGCCAUUUGCUAAUGUUAAUCAAACAAGCAAGAGAACCAUAGGUGGUACUAUUGGUGGCCUUGAAGCUACAUGGCAACCA